AAGGGGCUUUGUUGGCUUUGCAGUUGCAUUGGGAUCUCUGCUGGGAAGCAUCACAAGAAGAGAGAGGUUGCAUGAAGAACUAAAGAUGGCAAAAAGUGAGGACUGCAUACACAUUUUGCAGGGUCUAUUAGUCUUUGGAAAUGUGGUCAUUGGGAUGUGUGGCAUUGCCCUGACAGCAGAAUGUAUCUACUUUGUGUCUGAUCCACAUGGUCUCUACCCUCUGCUGGAAGCCACAGAAAAUGAUGGCAUCUAUGCUGCUGCCUGGAUUGGCAUCUUUGUUGGCUUUGCACUGUUUGCUCUAUCUAUCCUUGGUAUCAUUGGAAUCAUUAAGUCUGACAGGACCUUGCUGCUGGUGUACAUCAUUCUGAUGCUGAUUACUUUUGCAUUUGAAAUGGCUUCUUGUAUCACGGCAGCGACUCACCGAGACUUUCUCACUCCAAACCUCUUCCUGAAGCAAAUGCUGGAGAGGUAUCAGAAGGCAGAGCCAGCUAAUAACAAUGACAAAUGGAUGACUGAAGGGGUCACAAAGACAUGGGAUAAACUCAUGCUUCAGAACCAUUGCUGUGGGGUGCUGGGCCCCUCCGACUGGCAGGAGUACACGUCUGCCUUCCGCUCCACACACAACGAUGCUGACUUCCCCUGGCCACGAAAAUGCUGUGCCAUGGAUGCCCAAGGGCUUCCCGUCAACCUUGAUGGCUGCAAACUUGGAGUCCCUGGCUAUUAUAACAGCAAUGGUUGUUAUGACGCUAUUUCUGGGCCAGUGAACACACAUGCCUGGGGUGUUGCCUGGUUUGGUUUUGCCAUCCUCUGCUGGACUUUCUGCGUCCUCCUUGGUACCAUGUUCUACUGGAGUGGAAUUGAAUACUGAAGGCCCGGUGUACUCAGUGCUGUCCUGAAAUGCCGUGUGAAACUGCGUUUGUCUUCUGCUCCAUUCUCCUUGUGCCAUGGAGGAUUUGAAGUUUUCCCACUACCUCUCCCAUAUAUACUUUUGCCCCUCCAAAACCUGACACACAGAACUGACUGCAGGAAAGAAUCUUCUUGUCCCUCCUUGCCCCUUGUUCUGCAGCCUUUAUGUCUCCUGGCUGAGGCACAAUCCUUCUUCCACGGUGCAAGAAAUCCUUGGAGCAUAAGAUAAGAAGUUAUCUGAUUUGUUCUCUGAUGAUACCAGUAAAGAAAAUCUCCAUAUACACUUGCUGCGAAACAUGGCUCUCUAAAGUAAGGUUGAAUUUAAAUGGUAACGCUAAAGGCUCCAGCAAGGGCUAUGUGAGCAAA